UUCUGUACAAGAAUCUCAAUAAAAUUACAAACAGUUUGUGUUUCUUUACGAAUCAUCUUCUUUGGUGCACAGUUUAGCUGAUGCAAGUUGAAUGAAAGGAAUCUAGGAUUUCUAGCUCUCGUAGUUACUCCUGAUUUGACGAUGACGGACAUUCAGUCAGAUGGGGAGGGAACUCGGACCCCUUUGGAGUUAUAUAAGAAGGUGUCAGCACAAGGAAAUCAAGUCAGAGUCCUUAAAACUGAAAAGGCUGAUAAGGCUGACGUGGAAGCUGCUGUCCAGCUAUUACUUAAACUGAAAAUGGAGUAUAAAGCGGUAACGGGGGAGGACUACAAGCCUGGAUGUCCUCCCGGUGACAACUGUGUCCUCCAAGAAGACCCACCUUCAGCAAAUAAUGAGGAGGACUUUGUGGACCCCUGGACGGUAUCGUCAAACAGUGCCACAGGCGUGGAUUAUGACAAGCUGAUCGUACGUUUCGGCAGCAAUAAAAUUGACCAAGAGCUGGUGGACAGAAUAGAGAAGGCGAUAGGGCAGAAGGCUCACCGCUUCCUGCGACGAGGAAUCUUCUUCUCGCACAGAGAUAUGCACCAGGUCCUAGAUGCCUAUGAGAACAAGAAGUCCUUCUACUUGUAUACGGGGCGGGGGCCCUCCUCAGAAGCCAUGCACUUGGGGCACCUCAUCCCCUUCAUCUUCACAAAGUGGCUGCAGGAUGUCUUUGACGUGCCACUGGUCAUCCAGCUAACGGAUGACGAGAAAUACCUGUGGAAGGACCUGACUCUGGAGGAGUGCCACCAUUAUGCAGUAGAGAACGCCAAAGACAUCAUUGCCUGUGGUUUCGAUGUAAACAAGACCUUCAUCUUCUCUGACCUGGAUUACCUGGGAUCGAGCCCUGGCUUCUACAGUAACAUUGUGAAAAUCCAGAAGCAUGUGACUUUCAACCAGGUCAAGGGUAUCUUCGGGUUCACAGACAGUGACAGCAUUGGAAAGAUCAGUUUCCCGGCCAUUCAGGCGGCCCCCUCCUUCAGCACCUCCUUCCCCCAGAUCUUCAAGGGCAGGAAAGAUGUGCACUGCCUGAUCCCCUGUGCCAUUGACCAGGACCCCUACUUCAGGAUGACUCGUGAUGUGGCCCCCCGCAUUGGCUUCCCCAAACCUGCCCUCCUGCACUCCACCUUUUUCCCUGCCCUGCAGGGCGCUCAGACUAAAAUGAGUGCCAGUGACCCCAACUCCUCUAUCUUCCUGACUGACAGUGCCAAGCAGAUAAAGGACAAGGUCAACAAGUAUGCUUUCUCAGGAGGCAAAGACACUAUUGAAGAGCACAGGAAGUAUGGUGGCAACCCUGACGUCGACGUGUCCUUCAUGUACCUCACCUUCUUCCUGGAGGAUGAUGAUCAGCUAGAGAAGAUCCGACAGGACUACACCAGCGGGGCCCUCCUGACAGGCGAGCUGAAGAAGUACCUGAUCGAAACCCUGCAGCCCUUGAUCUUGGCUCACCAGGAGAAGAGGAACGAGAUCACGGAUGAGAUCGUCAAAGAGUUCAUGACCCCCCGGCCACUGGACUUCAGCUACUAGCUGAAGGGUUUCCAGUAGCAAAAGCCUCUCUGGAGAGGGAGGCCGCUGGAACUUUGACGCUCUGGCACCACGCUGGUAUCACAGCACAUGAGCAGAAUGUCUACGCUGUGCUGUCUGCAUCAAUAAACCACCCGCUAAGAUGACCUUGAA